CAACCUCGACCGUGUGACUAAUAAACAACUCUACACACAUUUUAUUUAUACAGGUUUUGCUCCUUUUUAAUUCCAUUCACAAUUCUGUCGAGAUCAAUAUCAUAAUGACAAGUUUGUUUAAAGAGGAACAAGCUUGUGAAUCAUCUAAACAUGCGUCCACGAGCAACCAAUCAAUUUUUGAUCAAGAAACGGGUUCUUCAAAUACAUUGGAAAGAGGCCAAAGCGAAGUCAUAGUUAAAAGUACCUCGUUCAUAUGCUUUACACUACUAAUGGAUAAAACCCUUGUUAGAAUGGUUGUAGCAGAAGCAUUGGGGAGUUUUAUCGUGAUGUUCAGCAUAGGUGGGAUAAUAAAAAGCACAGAAUUGAUGAGAGGUGUAGGUCUAUUAGAGUAUGCAGUCACUGCAGCAUUAGCAGUGGUCAUGGUGGUUUUCUCUAUAGGACACAUUUCUGGUGCUCAUGUUAACCCUGCAGUCACCAUAGCAUUCGCUACUGUCGGUCCAUUUCCAUGGAGAAGGGUCCCCUUGUAUAUAGUGGCCCAAGUAGCAGGUUGUGCCAUGGCAACAUAUGCGGGAGUGUUGGUGUACGGCAUGAAACCGGAGGUGAUGACGACUAGACCACUUCUGGGAUCGAAUGCAGCAUUUUGGGCAGAGUUUUUGGCGUCCUUCUUCGUGCUGUUUCUUACGGCUUCCUUGGUUCAUGCACCCCCAUCUGUAACACAAUUUUCUGGAUUUAUUGUAGCAGUUGGCAUUGCACUUGGAGUCCUUAUUACUGCGCCAAUUUCUGGAGGAUCGAUGAACCCGGCAAGAUCUUUGGGCCCGGCCCUUGUAUCAUUUAACUUCCAUGGAUUAUGGAUAUAUUUAACAGCACCAAUACUUGGGGCUGUUUCUGGUGCUUUCAUGCUUCGUAUGCUGAAGCCUUGUACCUCUUCGACUUCAUCUCCUUCUUCCUCUUCUUCAUCUCGACGAUCUCAAUUUCUUCAAAUUCAUUAAUUGUAGUACAAUGUGUAUUUUGAUACCAUUUUAUCUCGUUUUUAUGAAGAAUAGGUUGACCACACUUAUUUCUGUUUUAUUCACAAUUAUGUCUCGAUACCAUUACACUUUCACUAAUGAUAGUUGAUACCUUUUUUUUU